AUGACCAACCCGCAAGACGACGCUGACCGUAUUCGCUUGAAGCGAUUGGCGAAGCUUCAGUCAGCGAGCCCUUCGCCCGCGGCAUCUACAUCGACCACCCCGCCGCCGUCGACGCUUCCUCCUGCGCUCGCACCUCCCAAGCCUCGACCGGUGCAACAGUCCGCACCGAAGCGGCCUGCAGAGGCUGCCCCUGCGCAAGUGGCACCAAAGAAGCGACCGCAGGCCGCACCGGCGCACCUCGAUCUCCCAGCCUGGGAGGAUGAGACCGUGGCCCGGGUGUUCAACGUGACGCUACGGAAAGAUGUCGCGGAGCAGAGUGGGUGGGAGGUCGUGUGGCUGAAGCAUCUCGCUGCAGAGCUCGAGUCUGAAGGCAUGCAACAACCCAUCCGCCUAAGUGGAGACAUCGUAGACCGUCUGCUUAUAUCGCGCCUGGAACUGGACCCGCAGUCCAUGUCGGACGACCUGGAGUAUCUUGCAGUCAUCGCUUCUCUCCCACCCCAACAGACGGUCUUCGAGUACCUUGUCGGCUGCUGGAAGCGCUUGAAUGCCAGCCGAUCUGCUUUCCUGAAGAAGAAUUACACUCCAGUGCAAUCGCAACAAGUCAUCGACAUUCUUGAGAAGUUGCGCGAUUUGAUCAUCAGCUACGCCGGCUUGACGUUGCAAGAGCCGGAAAUGUUCCCCCAACCAACUGGUAAACCGCUUGGCCCGUCAGAGCUUGUCGCACCGCUCCUCUCCCUCUCUGCACUCAGCGGCCCCCUUCUCUCCUCUUCCGCUACCUCCACUGACACGCUCGGCCCAUCGGAAGUCGAUCCUUUCCUUCAAGACCUAGUCAAACGCUUCGAACCCGACAACGAGAUUGACGGUGUUUUGGAGCCUGUCGUCAACCAGCUCUGCUUCCAUGAGUCGCUAUUCCGGCCGGAGGGCCUCGGGGGCGGCGACGGCAGCUGGCGCGCGGUCAUCAGCGGGCUAGAGGCUCUAGUGAAUAUCAAGAGCAUCGCGGUCAUGAUCACGCGGCUGCAGUUCUGGAACCCGGAGGCGACGCCGCCGACGUUUGAGCGAGUCAGUCUGUUGGGCCCGCUCCUUCGGUUGGGUGUGUUCGACAAAGAAUGGCCGACCAUCGCGAACACGUACUACUCGAAGUCGAAAGACCGGUCGCAGGCUGACAUCGCGUCCUCAACUGCCAGUCUGAGAGGAACUCUGAAGAGUCUGCAGUCUUCUCUAUUCAACAUAUUCAACGCGCUCGUUCGUGCAUCUCCCGAUUCACGAGAAGCUGUGCUGCAGUACUUUGCGCGAGUCGUUGCAUUGAACGUGAGGCGAGCUGGAAUGCAGGUUGAUCCAGAUACUGUUGCAUCCGACUGCUUCAUGGUCAAUCUGCAGGCCAUCAUGCUACGCUUCUGUGACCCGUUCAUGGACGCGAAUUACACCAAGAUCGACCGCAUCGAUACAGCAUACUACGCGCAUUCGUCUCGCAUUGAUCUGAAAGAAGAGACUCGUAUCAACGCUGCGAGCGAGGAGUCGGAGCAGUGGCGACAGAAGAACGAGGCUACUGCGACUCCGCCGACCUUCAUCUCAGAUAUCUUUUACCUCACCCUUGCGGUUAAUCACUACGGGUACCAGAAGACGAUAUCUACAUUUGAGGACUUGGCGAGGCAGUACGACGAGAUGAACCGGCACUUGGAGAUGCUCGAAGGAGAUGGGAGCUGGCGAGGAAGUCCUCUUCAAGCUCGCGUCGAGCAUAGCCUCAAUGCUGUCAAGACUGAGAUGGACAAGGUCAUGGCCUCGCAGCUCGCAUAUACAGUACAACUGUCAGAUCCGGAGUUGGUCUUCCGUUCGAUCAGCUUCACGAACUUCGUUUCAACAUGGCUCAUUCGGCAUGUUGACCCGAGGCACACACAUCCGAACCCUCCUGUAGAGCUGCCUUUGCCGCGGGAGGUGCCGGAGUCGUUUAGAGUGCUGCCGGAGUACAUCAUCGAAGACAUUGUGGAUUACCAUCUGUUCGUUGUUCGGCAGAGCCCCGAUAGCCUAGAGCUGUCUGGCAAGAACGAACUCUUGAUAUGGGCGUUGACAUUCUUGACAUCAACGUGGUACAUCAAAAAUCCGUUCUUGAAGUCCAAGCUGGUGGAGGCUCUCUUUUAUGCUACGCUCAACUGGGGCAAUCAGCGAAGCGUACUUGCCAUGACAAUGAACACCCAUCCUAUGGCGCUCAAGUAUCUCGUUCCUGCGCUGACCAAUUUCUAUAUUGAGGUCGAGCAAACCGGCGCAAGCUCGCAGUUCUACGACAAAUUUAACUCGAGGCGGAACAUUGCUUACCUCUUCAAAGCCAUCUGGAACAACCCAACACACCGCGAGGCCUUGAAAAAGGAAACACGCACGAACAUGGAGAAGUUCGUGCGCUUCGUCAACCUCAUGAUCAACGACGUGACGUACCUCAUGGACGAGUCGCUGAGCGAUCUGGCUAAGAUCCAUGAGAUCCAGACGGAAAUGGAGGACACAGAGACCUUCAACGCACAGCCCGCGCAGCACCGCCGCGAGCGGGAGAGUGCGCUUCGUACGCUUGAACGGCAUACGUCCGGCUACGUGCAGCUGGGCAGGUCGACAGUCGAGAUGCUGAAGGCGUUCACGGGAGAGGUCAAGGAGCCGUUCAUGGUCCCUGAGAUUGUCGACCGUCUCGCGGCCAUGCUUGAUUAUAACCUCGACGCUCUCGCCGGUCCGAGAUGUCAGAACUUGGUCGUCAAGAACCCAGAGAAGUACAAGUUCAACCCGAAGCAGCUCCUCAGCGAUAUCAUCGACGUGUACCUCAACCUCAGUGACCAGGGCGAGUUCGUGAGGGCUGUAGCGGCGGACGGACGUAGCUACCGGAAGGAGCUCUUCGAGCGCACGGCGGGUAUCGCCAAGAGGCGUGUGCUCAAGAGCGACACGGAGAUCGAGAAGCUGCUCAUGUUCGUCGUCAAAGUCGAGGAGAAGAAGGCCACACUAGAGGCAGAAGAGGAUCUGGGAGAAGUCCCGGAGGAGUUCUUGGACCCAUUGAUGUACACCGUCAUGCGCGAUCCCGUUACGCUGCCGUCAUCUCGGGUGGUCGUCGAUCGUUCGACCAUCAAGUCACACUUACUGUCCGACGCCAAGGAUCCUUUCAACCGAGUGCCUCUUGUCUUAGAGGACGUCAUUUCAAAUCUGGAGCUUAAGCAACGCAUAGAUGCAUUCCUGUCCGACAGGCGUAACAAGCACACUGCGCUCGAUAAGCCGGUAGAAGAGAUUGUGAAAAUGGACGAGACCGCUUGA